ACGGUCAGGCAAAUUGCUCUCAGGCGGCAACCAAACACCCCCUGUACUGCGUGAGUUGUGUGCGCCCUCUCAAAAAAGAAAAAAAAAGUCCCUACUCCCACCGUCCCGUCCUUCCACCUGGCCCCGUCUCGGGUCGGGCCGGGCCGCGCAACGACUCCAAUUCCUCCACCUCGCCGUCGAGAUCUCGCCGUCCCGCGCGCUCGAGCUCGGCCUCACAGCGCGCCAUGGCGACGCGGAACCGGACGCCGCUCUACCGCAAGUACCGCGACGCGCUGCGCCACGUCCGCGCGCCGUCCGGGGCGCCGUCGUCGUCAGGCGGAGGGGGAGGCGGCGGCGGACCGGUGAUCGAGAUGGCCUCGAUGCUGCGCUCCGACCGCACCUACGCGCCCCUCAGCACCGACGACUCCUCCGCCUCCAGUAGAGGUGCCGUGAUGGUCGGACUGCCCCCUGCCUGGGUGGAUGUUUCCGAAGAGAUAUCUGCGAACAUGCAGCGGGCGAGGACGAAAAUGACGGAGCUGGCUAAGGCGCAUGCCAAAGCCUUGAUGCCUUCCUUUGGCGAUGGCAGAGAUGACCAGCGAGCAAUUGAGCUUCUCACACAUGAGAUAACAGACUUGCUGAAGAGAUCGGAGAAGAGGCUCCAGAAGCUGUCCAUGAAAGAUUCAUCAGAGGAUUCAAAUGUCCGAAAGAAUGUCCAGCGUUCUCUUGCUACAGACCUGCAACACCUUUCGAUGGAGUUCCGUAAAAAGCAGUCGUCUUAUUUAAAGCAGCUUCGCCAACAGAAAGAGGGUCAAGAUGGUGUUGACUUGGAAAUGAGUAUAAAUGGGACAAAGUCUACAUUUGAAGAUGACAAGUUUGAGGAUGUGGGUUUCACUGAGGUUCAGAUGUCAAAACUAAAAAAAAGCGAAGCAUUCACUAGAGAAAGGGAGAGAGAAAUCGAGCAGGUUGUCGAAUCAGUCAACGAGCUUGCACAGAUCAUGAAGGAUCUUUCGGUUCUCGUGAUUGAUCAGGGAACUAUCAUCGAUCGGAUAGACUACAACAUACAGAAUGUUGCCGCUUCAGUUGAGGAGGGUUACAAACAAUUGCAAAAGGCUGAGAGGACGCAGAAGAAAGGGGGCAUGGUGAUGUGUGCCACUGUCCUUGUCAUUCUGAUCUUCAUCAUGGUAAUCCUCCUGGUUUUGAAGAAGAUCAUUUUCUGACAUUGUCGCUAUCUUUUUUACGGUUGAUGGACGGCAUUCAAGUUAACUCCACGCUCAUCUACUCUUAUGUGAGUGAUUAUUCAAUGCCUGUGUAUUGGGAAGGCCGCAGUUCGUUCGAAUAGUGGAAUACAACUUACUGAUAUGGAGAUGGUUCUUCUGCCCAUAUUCAUAAUGGCUGGGCCAGCAACUGUGUUCAGUCUUCGCCACAAUUUUUUGCAGCACUGCAGAUGUAGAGAUGUCAUAUUCAUACAUGCCUAAUUUUUAAAAAAUGAAGAGUUGUGUUGACACAUUUCACCUUCCUGUUUGUCUUGGAGCAACCAGGUUAGGUUGUGUAUGCCUCUGUAUAGAGUUGUAUCAUCCAAUUCUCGCAAAAUCGAAAAGUAGCUUCAGUUUCUGUGUCA